UAAAGAUAACAUUCGGCGUCGGGUCACGUCCCGAGUCACCUCCCACGGGGACAAGCAAAAUUAUGAAUUGGAUCUGAGUGCAGUAGCUAAAUUCGCAUUGUAAAAUUGCUCCUCGACUUUCCUGCGUGGAUCUCCGGGUCUCCGACGCGGAAAGAGAUGUCGACGUGACAAUGCAGAAACCUGAUUGGUGCACACUGUUACGUGAAAUCGAGGGGCGGCUGUUUCCAGUCACGGUCUUCUGCCAACUUACGCUCCUUGUCAAGUUCGAAUGGUUCCUCGCUUCCGGUACACUAUAUUUCCGUGUGGGGUUUGUGCCAAUCAAAGUAGGUUCGAGUACCAAGCGCAGUACACCCGUCCCUACCUUGGUACAUGGGCGAGGGAGGUUACCAAGGCCAUCACGGACCAUGCCGCUGAAAGAUCCUUCUGCUGCUCUUUCGGCGUGGACCUAGUCACUCAUGCCUGCAGUCUGCACAGCAACGCGUAGGAGUCGUUCUUUUCCAGUUUCCAAGUUUCUGGAGGUUUACCCACCCACGACGACCUGAAUAAUGCGACUACUGACGGCCUGGCUUUGUCUUUUCGGACCCCUGAUGCUGGCAUCCGCGGCUCCGAAGAAACAAACAAAGCAGAAGCAACGUCCCCAUAUCGUCGUUAUCAUGGCGGACGACUUGGGCUGGAGUGACGUCAGUUUUCACCAGACGCCACAAAUUCCAACGCCGAACAUCGACGCCUUAGCUUCUGACGGAAUCAUCCUACACAACCAUUACGUCCAACCUAUGUGUACUCCGUCAAGGGCAGCUUUCCUUACUGGCCUCUAUCCUAUAAGGACAGGAAUGCAGCAUUAUGUGAUACGUAGUGCUGAGCCCUGGGGAUUGCCUCUCAACGUCAAAAUCAUGCCUCAGUUCUUCAAGGAGUUGGGCUACAAUACUCAUGCAAUAGGAAAAUGGCACCUGGGAAACCACAUGGAGGCAUACGCGCCGACGAGGAGAGGCUUCGACACAUUCAUGGGGUAUCAUCUAGGCUACGGAGAUUACUAUAAACAUGUCCUUCAGCUGGGCCAGGAAAUUGGUAGCGACUUCUUCGAAGGUGUUCAGCCCAUCUUGAACGCUACUGGACUGUACUCUACGGACCUGUUUACGGAAAGGGCUGUGUCUAUUAUUGACAAGCACGACAAAUCCAAGCCUAUGUUCAUGUACUUAUGCCACAUGGCUCCGCAUAGCGGUAACGAAGUGGAUCCCUUGCAAGCGCCGCAGGAAUACAUCGACAAGUUUCAGUAUAUCGAAAACAAAAAUAGGAGUACCUAUGCAGCAAUGUUGAACAAACUUGACGAGUCGGUGGGGAUCAUCAUGGAAGCCCUGCACAGGAAUGACAUGCUGAACAACACCAUUCUGCUGUUUCUCAGCGACAACGGGGGAAAGCCGUGGGGUAAACAAUCCAACUACGCGUUCAAUUGGCCGCUGCGAGGCAUGAAAGAAAUGCUCUGGGAAGGAGGUGUCCGCAGCUCGUCUUUCUUGUGGAGUCCACUGCUUGAACAGACUCCUAGGAUUUCGAAUCAGAUGAUGCACGUCACCGACUGGUUGCCCACUCUUUACGGAGCAGCAGGCGGAAGCCGCCGUAGCCUUGGCAGACAGGACGGCUUCAUGAUGUGGCGUCAACUAUCCCGCAAGUUAAUAUCUCCACGCAUAGAAAUCCUCCUAAACUACGACAACAUUGACAAGACCUCGAGCCUACGCUUUAGCAGAUACAAGCUGCUCAAGGGUCACAGUUGGUACGGCCCCAAGGACGAGUGGUACAACGUUCCCGGGCAGUGUGUCGACGGAUGUGGUGCGAACUUGGACGCUCUAAUGGUGAACUCUACCGUAGCCAAUGUUCUCAGGAAAUUCUACAACAGGAACCAACUGAGGUUCCAGCAAAACUGGAGGAAAAAAUUAGUAAUCAAUUGCAAAUACGAGAAGCCAUUCUUCAAUUCGCUCAAAGGUCCAUUCUUAUUCGACUUAGAGGAUGACCCCUGCGAAAUGCAAGACAUUUCAUCAUCCAGAAAACGGCUUCUGCGGAUACUGUCUGAGAGACUGGCUAACUACGAGCGACAAGCUGUACCUCCGAGAAACGCCCCGCGAGAUCCAAAAGCCUUUCCCAGCAACAACAACGGCUCCUGGUCAUUCUGGAUGGACCAACUUUCAACAUAAUUCAUUUAUUUAUACGGGAACAAGCAUAAGAAGAAAAAAACUCUCGCUUAUCAUGUGCGUAAGCAAUUCAAAACUAAAUCCUUCCUUUCCUUUAGGAGAUAUUCGGAAAUAUUGCAUAUUCAUUAUUUAUUCAUUGUCAUGUGACCAGAUCGCGAUGUACUGCACUCGAAACUACGAUUACAGUGGAGGUAAAAAAUUAAAUGCCUUUGUGUACAUACA